AUGCCUUUAGCCGAAACGAGAGGCGAAAUCGCUGUCUAUAUUCCACCGUUCAACAACGAAAACAUCCGGGAAGGUCCUUUAACCAUGAUCAAACAGAUCCACCACCAAAUGCCCAACGGCGAACCGUCCGACGCAAUCAUCUGCUCUGUAGGCGGCGGCGGCCUCCUAGCGGGCAUUGUACAGGUUAUGGCACGCGUGGUCUGGGGCUCCGACGUCCAGAUAUUAGCCGUGGAACAAAGGAGGCGGAAUCUGUACCAGUUGUCACAGGUUGUAGAGCACAUCAUUAUACCUGGCCUCACUUCGAUCGCAACACCCCUUGAAGUAGUCCGCGUAUGCAAACGAGUGUUCGAGCUCUUGUCACGCAAGAACGUGACCCGAAUGUGCCCUGUCUCGCGCUCGAGGAUGCAGAAGCUGCUGUGUGAAUUGACGCUUACUGGAUGA